GACACACGACGCCCUUUUCUCCGUCUCUCUCUCUCCUCUACUGACUUUCUGCAAUCAACUGAGCUAGGGUUUCGGAGUCGCCAUGGCCGAUUUCCAGAGCUCGACUCACCGAGCCAGGUGGAUCUUUACUCCCGAAGAACUGGUUGGUAAAUACAAGGCUGCUAAUCAAAGAGCAGUGCAAACAUUGGAGAAGUAUGGAGCGACACUAAUGGAAGUGGAUGUUGAUGGAACAUUAUCAUACCCUAAACCCCAAGUAAAUGCCGAUUCCCGUCCAAAACCCAUUAACAUUGAUGAGGAGCAAUUUAUGCGAGUAUUUUAUGAGAACAAACUUCAAGAAGUGUGUACCAACUUUCACUUUCCGCAUAAAGUUCAGGCAACGGCUCUCAUAUAUUUCAAGAGGUUUUAUUUACACUGGUCGGUGAUGCAACAUCAUCCCAAAAAUAUAAUGUUAACCUGUAUAUAUGCAGCUUGUAAAAUAGAGGAAAACCACGUAUCAGCGGAGGAGCUUGGUAAGGGGAUCUCACAGGAUCAUCAAAUGAUACUCAAUAAUGAGAUGAUAGUUUAUCAGACUUUGGAAUUUGAUCUUAUCGUUUAUGCACCGUACCGCUCAAUUGAAGGAUUUGUCAAUGAUAUGGAGGAAUUCUGCGGAUUAGAGGAUAACCAGCUCCAAAAUCUCAAGGAUGCGGCAAAGAUGGAAGUUGAUAAAAUCAUGCUCACAGAUGCACUACUCCUUUUCCCUCCUGGGCAGUUGGCAUUGGCUGCAUUGCGUAGUGCAAAUCAUGUAUGCAGAGUUGCUGACUUUGAGAGAUACCUGAGUAGCAUUCUCUCUCGGCAGAGUUCUGCGCAUACCAUUUCAGAGCUAGUCGAAUUCCUUAAUGCAAUCGAUUCUUGGGCAAAAAGAUACAAGUUUCCCUCAGACAAGGAUCUCAAGCACAUCAACCGGAAACUGAAAUCUUGUUGGGGACUUAGUACACAUGACGAGAGCAAGAAGCGGGAUAAGAAAUCAAAGCACAAGUCAAAGAGGAGUUCAAAUGAAGCACAAAUUCUACCAUCUCGUGCUCAAAUGUAAAUUUAUCUCGGUCUUUCCCUGGGAUUCAGUUCGUCAGGCUCGGAAAAAUACUCCAACCAGUCAUCCUGUACCUUACGGACGACGAGAAUUUUUACCCGUGCUUUAACUAAUGUUUUCUUUCUCCUUAUCUUGCUAUCUUCGUUUGUGUUCUGUUGUCAAAUUAAUCUAAUUUAUGACUUUGAGUUUGAAUGCGAU